AUGGCCGGACUGCGCGAAAACGCAAGCCAACCGCGAACACUUGGGCUCAUGCACGCGAACCCCAAGAAUCCGACCUAUUCGACGACUGUCUCAACUACUUUCCGCCAUCACUUGUUCAAAGUCCACGGGAUUGAGUUGGACGCCCACGACCACCCCGUCAAGAAGCAGCGCGACAACCUCAUUCAGGAUGCUUUCGCAAAGGCUGGCGAGGUGAGCGCUGCAAGGCAGCUGAUGAGGCAGGAAGACACUCUUAGGGCUGCGGUCAAUCGGAAGGCCGCUCUCGAAGCUCUGGUCCAGCUCGUCACCGUCCGCAACCUCUCCUACAAUUGCAGUUCUUGGCCAGAGCUGCACGCGCUGAUCGGCGCUGUCAACUAUACCGCAGAAGGCAUCAUUAGCCUCUCUCAUGGUUCCAUCCAGAAGCUUGUCUCCAAUUCCUAUUGUGUGCACAAGGAUAUCCUGCGGAGAAGGCUACAGUCCUCGCCAUCAAAGCUCCACCUCUCUGCCGACCUUCUACGGCACGUUCUCGAGGACUACAACAUCUGGAACAAGAUCGGCUUCUACACCGGCGACAACCACGGCUCCAACGACAAGCUCUGUCGUUUGCUUGGCGAGCAUCUACAUGCGAGGGGCAUGAGUUGGGAGCCAAGGAAGCAGAGGAUUCGAUGCCAUGGUCAUGUCAUUAACCUCGCUGUUCAAGCCUUCCUUUUCAUGGACUCCAAGGAAGCUGCACGAGCCGCUCUAGAGCAGAUCGAGGGCGAUGACGAAAUUGCAUUCGGUGCCGACUUUGCACAGCGGGUCAAGACUCAAAGAGCGCUAGGUUGGCGUCGAUUAGGGCCUCUUGGUAAAAUCCACAACAUCUCAGUCCACAUGCGCGAGAACGAUUACCGGUGGAAUCUCUUCAAGAAACGCGCUGGCCGGUCGCUGGGGAUGGACAACGAUACGCGCUGGAACUCAUGGUUUCUACUUCUGGACGUUACCCUCAAUCUCCAGGAGCAUGUGGAGUGGUACCAGAGAAGAUAUUAUGAGAACCUACAGGACGCCUAUCUCGCCCCUAAUGAGUGGAGCAUCCUGAGGGAAACGCGCACUUUCCUUCAACCAUUCUGGAAGAUCACUCAGCUUACAGAGGGUCGCUACGCCACCCUCGACCGCACGCUCUUCACUAUGGACGUCCUUCACAGGCAUUACACGCAGGCUUUCCAAAAGCACCACGAGAACCAUGCACUCCGUAGCUGCAUCGCUGCCUCUUGGGCUGUAUUUGACAAGUACUACCAGCGGAUGAGAGCCCUGCCUAUGGUGCGGCAAUGA